AGAUAUAAGAUAAGGCAUUCUUCAUAAUCCAUAGUCAAUAAUUGAAGUCCGAGAAAGAAUGGAUCCAAGAAGCCCUGGUACCAUCACAUGUAAAGGUGUUGUGGCAUGGCAAAAGGGGGAGGCAUUGAAGGUUGAAGAGAUACAAGUGGACCCACCAAAAUCUUCAGAAGUUAGAAUCAAGAUGUUGUUUUCCAGUGUGUGCCACACAGAUAUCCUCUCUCACAAUGGUUUUCCUAUUCCCCUGUUUCCGCGAGUCCUUGGACACGAAGGAGUCGGAACGAUAGAAAGUGUGGGCGACAAUGUUAGAGACCUAAAAGAAGGAGAUUUAGUGGUCACCGUUUACGUAGCAGAAUGCAAAGAAUGCUUGAAUUGCAAAUCAGGAAAGUCGAAUUUAUGCUUCAAAUACCCUUUGCCAUUGAGUUGUUUAAUGGCAGAUGGCACGUCAAGAAUAUCCAUUAGAGGCCAAACACUAUACCAUACCUUCAGUUGUGCCACUUGGUCAGAAUACGCUGUUUGUGACGCUAAUUACGUCGUUAAAAUCGACCCUCGCAUCCCUCUCCCCCAUGCUAGCUUGCUUUCGUGUGGAUUCACUUCAGGUUUCGGGGCUCCCUCAAGGAUUGCUGGCAUUGAAAAGGGCUCCACUGUUGUCGUGUUUGGCCUUGGUACAGUUGGACUUGGAGUGGUUGCAGGGGCUAGAGAUCAAGGGGCAGCCAAAAUAAUUGGGAUUGAUAUCAAUGACUUUAAGCGUGAGAAGGGAAAGGCAUUUGGAAUGACUGAUUUUAUAAAUCCAAAAAAUUCUGAGAAAACAGUUUCUGAAUUAGUUAAAGAUGUCACAGAAGGACUGGGUGCAGACUAUGGUUUCGAGUGUACUGGCGUUGCUUCUUUGCUUAAUGAAGCUAUUGAUGCAACAAAGGUGGGAUCUGGGACAGUGGUGGCAAUUGGGGCCGGGGCAGGAGGUGAGAAAUCUUGGGACAUUAGCAUUGCCUCAGUUUUGUUAUGUGGUCGAACAUUUAAGGGAUCAAUUUUUGGUGGAGUUCGAGUUAAAUCGGACUUUCCAUCCAUUGUUGACAAGUGCAUAAGAAAGGAAGUCCAAUUAGAGGAAUUGUUAACUCAUGAAAUUUCGCUAGAGGAAACACCCAGCGCAUUUGAGUUGUUAAAACAACCAGAUUGUGUCAAGGUUGUUAUCAAAUUUUGAGAAAUUAAUAUCCAUUUCUAUAAACCCUAAUAAUGUCUAUGUAAUGACAAAUCUUUGGCUUACUAGCUGUACCAUUCAUUGUUUACGGAAUAAUACUAAUUAUGCAUGUAUGAAGCGAUACUACGCAUCAAAUAUGCAAAA